UGUGAGUGACAGCAGCAGGCCAAGUUUUUUCCAUAAAUUUUUUAUUGUAUGUGAAUCUAUUGUUAACUAAUAUUAAAUGUACUUUAGAGCUUGUGCGAUAAGGUUUUCGUAAAAGUUUCAAAUGAGUACGCGUAAUAUGGAAUCGCAUUCACGAUAUGGACGCAGUUUUUCUGGUGCAAGUGGUGGCGGUGGUGGUGGCGGGGGCGGGGGCAACAAUAGCGGCAACCACAGACGCUACAGCCGCUCCCGAUCUCGGUCCCGCGAACGCAGCCGGGAACAUUCCGGUUACAGGCGCCGCAAUUCUCGUUCACGCAGUCGGGAACGUUCGACGCAUCAUUAUCGCAACGCUGGCAGCGCCGACAAGGAUUUGUAUCGCGAUCUGAUUAACGACGAUUAUAACGAGGAUCGGGGCAGCAACUACAGCAACUAUAAUAAUUCGCGAAAUAAUAAUUAUCACCAUCGGCGCGACGAUAACUACGACAGUGAGCGAGAUCGGGAACGUGAACGUGACCGUGAACGUGAUCGUGACCGUGAUCGGGAUCGAGAUCGUGAUCAGCGCUGGAAGAACUACGAUCGAGAGCCACGUGAACGUAACUCCGACUUUGAUAGAGGCGCAGAACGCAGUCGUGACUUUCGUUCUCAUAAUAAUGGCAAUGGAAGCAACAACAACAACGCUUUGGCUGUUGGCAACAAUCGUGAUCGGGAUAGACGUUAUUCCACCGAAGAGGACAGCUAUGAUAGCGACGAAAGCGAUGAUAGCCAGUAUCGUCGUAAUCACAUCAGAACCAGCAACGAGGCAUUGAACCAAAUCAUUAUAUUUGGUCUGAAGAAGCACAUCACUGAGGCGGAUAUUAUGGGAGCGCUGAUCCAAGUAAAUAUGGAGCCCUCUUCCAUAAGGCUCAUAAGGAAAAGACCUACAGGUGCAUCACGCGGUUUCGCAUUUGUCGAGUUUAAUACCGUUGAGGAAGCAACACGUUGGAUGGAAUUAACUCAGGGCAAUCUGAAAUUGGGCGAUCAACGUGUUUUCCUGCAAUACAGUCAUAAACGCAUUACAGACUGGCAUUGCGUGAAGUGUGGCGUCUACAAUUUCAAGCGUCGUUUCUCCUGUUUCAUGUGCACGGCAUCGCGGGCGGAAAGUGAAAGCAUCUAUUCUGGCGGCGGCGAGGGCAUUGACGAAGUUAGCCCGAUUCUAACAAAAAAGAUCAUGUUGCGUAAUCUGGAUGCGCUUACCACCGAGGAGAGUGUUCUUACCGCCCUGCAGAAGGUGCUGCCAAAGUUGGCCAAAACAAUUACCAAGGUGCUCAUCAGUCGCGACACUUUGACCCAAACUUCUCGUGGCUUUUGCUAUCUACAUUUCGAGACCCUUGUCGAUUCGAUGGAUGUUCACAAUGCAUUAACAGCACUGGAGACGCCGCUGCGAAUCGAUGAUCGGGAUGUAUGCGUCAGCUAUUGCAUGGACGCAGAGGAUCGUCAAGUGGCGUCAAAGGAUUCACAAGGUGAAAAUGUCGGCGGCACUCACAAUAGUGCAUUGGCCGCCGUGCCGCCUUCAGAUGCUGGCGGGGAAUAUACGUUGGCGGAUGUGCCACGUCUGGCGGAGUACAGUGCCUCAUUGUAUGCAUCGACGCCGGCAGAGCAUGCACAUUAUGUGCAGUAUUAUACGGAUUACUAUGUGGCCGAGAUCAAGAAGGGCGGUGGACAUCUGAUUGGCGGCGGUGAGGCGCAAGUGACGGAGGCGAAUUCAGGUGCAGCCGUCGCACUUUCGGCCAUUCAGCGUAAACAGAAGAAGAUGAGCAGCAUUGAGACAACGGCCACAGCGGCGGCAACAGCUGCAGCCCAGGCGGCUGCCGCAGUAAAGGCGACAUUUGCGGCACAGGCUGUGGUUGCACCCAGAGGGAAUGAUGGCAAAACUUAUCCUGUACCCGAUGUGAGCCGUUAUCAGUAUGAUGAAACCUCUGGUUAUUACUAUGAUCCCAGCACGGGUUUGUACUACGAUGCACACUCUCAAUACUAUUACAACAAUGAGACUGGCGCCUAUCUGUACUGGGAUCAGCGACGUAGUACGUAUAUAUUGGCUACGCCUGCCUCGACACAAGCAGCCUUGCAGGAGUCGCUGGCGCUGGAGUCGCAGGCCGAGCAAAAGGAUGAGGAGUCGUCCAAGAAGGAGAAGGGCAAGGACAAGGACAACAAUAAGCAUGACAAGGUUAAGGUGGCUAAGAAGAUCGUCAAGGACAUGGAGAAAUGGGCUAAACAACUGAAUCAGAAGAAAGACUACACUGUGGUGGCCACACCGCAACCCAUACUGCCUGGACGUGGUGAUCCCGGCGAGGGGCCGAGCACAUCGCGUGCUGCAGCCGGCGCCUAUGCAGAUGUGGGCUUCUCCAUACUCGAAAAGAAGGAGCGUGGCAAGUUGAGCGACUAUGUGGCAACACCAGCCGCUGCACCAAUGAAUAAACUUGUUAAUUCCUAUGGAUCCGACUCCGAGGAGGAUAAUGCUGGUGCUGCAGGCGCGCAGAAUUUGAAUACGGCUGCUUCCAGUGGCGCUGGCGUAGACGAAAUGGACUAUGUGGACUUCCAGAAACUAACCUGCCUACUGUGCAAACGUGCAUUUCAAUCCCAUGACAUACUGCAGAAGCAUUUAAAGAUGUCCAACUUGCACAAGGAAAAUCUUGCCAAGAUCAAAUCGGGCAAUGCUGCUGGCGCCAGCAACGAUGAUGCAGCAGGUCCAGGUCUCUCCUAUCGAGAUCGCGCCAAGGAGCGCCGACUAAAGUAUGGUGAGGGGGAUCCGCCGCCGCCGAAUCGCAGUCGUGAGCGUUUCGAGCAUGAGAUUAAGAGUAUGCAAACACGUCAAAAGGAUGGCGGUCCCGCACCCGCUUUGCCCAUCAGCUCCAAUAAUGUGGGCAAUCGGUUGCUUCAGAAAAUGGGCUGGUCGGAGGGUCAGGGAUUGGGUCGCAAGAACCAAGGACGUACGCAAAUCAUCGAGGCCGAGGCGCGUUCCAAUAAUGUGGGAUUGGGUAACAAGAGCGGUACACUUGCUCCGGGUGAUGAUUACAAAACAUACAUUAAGAAAAUGAUGAAAUCACGCUAUGAGAAUGCUUAAAGUUGUUUAGUUAUUAAUUGUUUAUUUGAUUGCAAUGCAACUAAGAUAAUUGACAAACAGAAUGUUUACCUCAACUCUCACAACUUUACAUAAAUUAUAUCAUCCCAAUCAAGAAACUGAUUUAGUUAAAUACAAGUACAUAGCUUAUAAAUGUAUAUAAUAAAUAAAGGUUCGCAAGAAUGUCAAAUCGAAUUAAUUCUA